AAUUUUUAGAAUAUUGAUAAUGAGCAUAACUCAAAGAGAGAAUACAAGCUCUGUAACAAAGGAUCCAGUAGAAUUCAAGAAGCACUUACUGGAACAAAAAUAUGAUUAUCCUGUAAUGGUUAAUUUCUCCCAGACGACUCAAAACCCAUGGUCUGUUAUCUCCUCUUCAAUCCUCAACAAAUUCAGCCCAAGACACCUUAUCCUCAAAACCCCACAUCUCUCCCACCAAAUCCAAAAGUCUGCUCCUAAAUUUCCCCGCUUGCCUUCCAAGCGUAAGAAGAAAUCUCAAAAAUUCCAACUCUCAACAACUGCUGACCCCUUAUAUGUCAACAAGACUCCUAUCAAAAGGAAGACCAAGCCACUAAAUACCUCUAAUUCCAACAAUCAAGUAUACAUAUAAAGCCCAGUGAUAGAGAACCAAAGGAGGUGUCAGGGUUUAAGCCAAUAAGUUGCCGAAGAAAGCAGAGCCCGAGAAGGCUAAAGAGUUGCAAUAGAAGGAUUAAUAGAAGAUUUCCACAAAAGAUGAAGUUGCACAACAAUGGAAAAGAUAUCCCAAAAGUACUAAUAACAACCUGCACAAAACUUCAAAAUCAUUCACAAGAAAAGACAUUUCGACAGGACUCUAUAGUCACAGAAAGAAAGUACCUCAAACGUAAAAUGGAGCUAUUUAAUCCUCUGCUCAAAGAACAAUCAAAACAAUUGGAGGGUUCAUCAGACAAUGAAUUAGUAAAUAUCCAGUACCACUUGGCUAAAUCCAUGAGGAUGUUCGAACCAAAGACUAAGAAAUGCCAGCUCAAGAAUUUCUUCCUCAUCAAAUCCUCCAGAAAUAUUGAGAAUGAUGCCCAGAAGAGUCAUAGUCUCAUUUACAAUAGCUAUGCUACCAGAAGGGAUAAUAUAAAAUAAGCUUAGUCUUAAGCUUUCCCGUACAUCAUUCGCUCAGGAUACCAGUAAAAUUGUGUUCCCAAGAGGCUAUGAAAGGGAAAACCAGAAAUCAAGCAUUGUGAAGGCCCUCAAAACUCAAACUGAAAGUUUACAUGCUAAGCGAAGGAAGGCUUUAAAGAAGCUUAAUAGAACAAUUGAGAUUACCUCAGGCCAUACUCCGAUUAUUCUGAAGGCUUCUGACUUUGAAAAGAGUUAUUCAAAGCAAAGAUAGAAGUGAU